AUUUACGACGCGAGUGUCGAUUCAACAUUCUCGUUUGUUUUAAAAUUUUUGAUAUUUUACAAUGUUUUUUCACGUAACAAGUGCCUAAAUAUUUUGAAACGUUUAUUGUGUUAGUGUAAGUGUUAAAUGCUUUCGAGAUGUCUAAAAACAAAAUCGCCGCUAGAAUCGACAGCCAGAGUGUGGAAGUCAAAACUAAAUUCGAUGCAGAGUUCAGAAGAUUUUCACUAAAUAAAUCGGAGAAGUUAAAAUAUGAUGAUUUCAAGGCGUUAAUUGAGAAACUACACAGAUUACACGAUGUGGCCUUUCUUAUCAGCUACACAGACCCAAGAGAUGGUGAUUUGCUGCCAAUUAACAAUGAUGAUAACUUAGCUAGAGCUUUACUGACCGCCAGGCCUUUGUUAAGGGUUAUAAUACAAAGGAAAGGUGACAGCCUCGAAGAGCUGAACGGCUACGGUACGAUGCGACCCCGCAACAUCAUCUCGUCGAUACUCAGCGGCACUCCGGCGAAGAACAAGGGAUUAGCCAUAUCCAACCCACACGACUUUAGGAUGGUUUCAGCUAUCAUAGACGUAGACAUAGUACCGGAAACGUGUAGGAGGGUGAAAUUAUUGAAACACGGCUCCGAUCGGCCGCUAGGAUUUUUCAUCAGAGACGGCACGUCCGUCCGCGUGACGGCGAGCGGCGUGGAGCGUUCGCCCGGUAUCUUCAUAUCGCGGCUGGUGCCCGGCGGCUUGGCGGAGUCCACCGGCCUGCUGGGCGUCAACGAUGAGGUGCUGGAGGUCAACGGCAUCGACGUGUCCAACAAGACCCUGGAUCAGGUGACCGACAUGAUGGUGGCCAACUCGUCGAACCUGAUCAUCACGGUGCGGCCCGCCAACCAGCGCGCCGGCGCGCCGCCCGAGCCCGCGCGCGCCGACCCGCCCGCCAGCGAGCCCGACGACGACAGAUUCGACCAAGAGGACCAAGACGAGAUAGUCGAUUUGACGGCCGUCACCUUACACGACCAAGAGGCACCGUACCAACAAAUGGCGAGCAAAGACGACGGGCAAAUACUACACCUCUAGUACAUAAUACGCCGGUAUCGGAUGUGCAAGCGGCCCAUGAGGAACCAGCUCGAGGACAAUACAUCGCUAAUAUGAGUUUUGGUGCGAGAUAUAGUGUCAAAGUGUCAAGUGUUUAGUGUCGGUACACGAAAUGUAAUUAAAUAUUUAAAUCCUUAUUUCCAUUAUAGAUAAAAUAACUUAAUAAUCACAGAAAUAUAUACAUUCAAUAACACAGUAUGGACACGGAAAGAGGUUAUGUUUAACGGGCCGUGUAUCACAAUGCAUAUUAGACUGUAUUUAGUGUUGCAGACAAUAAAUAAAUAUAUAGUAUUUUAUAUUAUAAUCGGCUCCAGCUACAACUGUUAAAAUUUGAUAAAACACAAUUAGUAAAUUAAAAAUUAAAUUGUGAAACAGUUGCUAAAGUAGGGAUAUAAUAUUUCGUUUGAUAGCAUUCGAUUGCUU